ACGACCCAAUCACCAAUAUCCGGACCGACCGGGCCGGGCUGGGCCGAUCUUUUUAUUUGCAAUCCGACAACGUAUAAACAAUAAAGAAUCGCGCAUGAGAAUUCUCAUUGAGCUUCAGCAAAUUCUUGGCUUUCUUGGGCGUCCUUGUUGGGAUUCUUGGUAGAGGAUUCAAAACUGGUAGAUGAUACAAAACAGUAAAGAAUCAAGGAAUUCUUGACCUUGUAGGGGAUACACCACAACAACAAAAAAAUCAAGGAAUUCUUGAGCUUGUAGGGGAUAUACAACAGUAAAAAAAAAAAAAAUCAAGGAGAAUCAAGGAAUUCUUGAGCUUGGGUUUUUUGGAUUUGGUUUUCAGGAUACAAGGCAAUAAAGAAUCAAGGAAUUCUUGUUGAGCUUGAUCAAAUUCUUGAUUUCCUUCAGCUUGAACAGAUUCUUGAUUCUUGGGUAUCUUUUUUGGGUUUCUUGAUUUCAUUUUCUUUCUCAAUACAAAAUAAUAAGGAAUCAAGGAAUUCUUAAGCUUGAGCUUGAGCAAAUUCUUAGUUUCUUGGGCACCCUUCUUCGGCUUCUUGGUCUUCUUUCUCACAAUACAAAGCAAUAAAGAUCAAUGAAUUCUUGAGCUUGAACAAAUUCUUAGUUUCUUGGGCACCCUUCUUCUUCGGCUUCUUGGUUUUCCUUCUCACAAUACAAAGCGAUAAAGAUCAAGGAAGGAAUUCUUGAGCUGCAACAAAUUCUUAGUUUCUUGGGCACCCUUUCUUUGGCUUCUUGAUUAUUGAAGAUCAAGGAAUUCUUGAGCUUGAACAAAUUCUUGGUUUGAUUUCUUGGGCGCUCUUCUUGAGCUUCUUAGUUUUCUUUCUCAAGAUAAAAAAUUGUUGAGCUUGGGCAUCAUUCUUUCUCAAGAUAUAAAGCAAUAAAGAAUCAAUGAAUUCUUGAGCUUGAGCAAAUUUGAGCAAAUUCGAGCAAAUUCUUGAUUUCGUGGGCACCCUCCUUGGACUUCCCUUCUUGGGUUUGUUGGUUUGAGCAGUAAAGAAUCAAGGAAUUCAAUUCUUGAGAUUGAGCAAAUUCUUGGUUUUCUUCAUUUGAUUUUGUGGGCACCCUACUUGGACAUCCCUUCUUGGGUUUGUUGGUUUAAGCAGUAAGGAAUCAAGGAUUUCAAUUCUUGAGCUUGAUCAAGUACUUGGUUUUCCUCAUUGUCUUGGGCGUCUUCAUUUUCUUGGAGAAGUUCUCGAACUUCAGCGAAUUCUAGGCUUUCUUGAUUUUCUUGGGCUUCUCGGACUUCUUGGUUACCGGUCGGGACAGUAGAAUUCAGGUGUGGGUGAGAUGCAGGGGCUGCAAUACAAGGCCGGGUCGGCGGGUUUGGGAGGUGCGGCGUGCAAGCGACCGGCGCGGGCGGUAGGGGCGUUGCAGGCGGCGGCAGCGGAGACAAGUCCGGUGGAGAGAGUGCAGAGGUUGGCGGCGGAUAACGCAGUUCUGGUGUUCAGCAGAACGUCGUGUUGCAUGUGUCAUGUUGUGAAGAGGCUCUUUUGUAGUUUGGGUGUCAAUCCGGCGGUUUGUGAGUUGGAUGAGGAAGAAGGUGGGGCAGAGAUGGAGAAGGUUUUGGUGCGGGUGGUGGGGAAAAACCAGGCCUUGCCUGCUGUUUUCAUUGGGGGGAAUUUGGUGGGUGGGCUUGAUCGUCUCAUGGCAGCUCAUAUUGGUGGUGAGCUUGUGCCCAUGUUGAAGCAGGCUGGUGCCCUUUGGCUCUGAAGAUUAAUGGAGUUUCGAUGACAAUUUUGUUGGUCUUUUUGGGCCGGCUUGAGUUUGAGUUUGAGUUGAUCUCAAUUUUGGGUUCUGUGAAUCUUGAUGUAGGAAGGAAGAGAGAGUUUUAUGUAAUUAAAUACUGACCUAAUUCGCUAGCCACCAAUGAAUGAAUGAAUGUUUACGUGUAUUAAGUUUUGGAAUUAAUAAGAAUUGUUGUGUUUAUAA